AUGGAGUUCACAGCUCUUCUUCUUCAUCUCCUCCCUGUAAUUCUACUCGCUAUUUUCAGUCCCUCAGCGGCCUUCGUACCGACGGACAACUACCUCCUCAACUGCGGCUCCACCUCCAAUGCAACCCUCGACAACAGGGUCUUUGCCGCCGAUUCGGCUUUCCUCGCCGCCGACCGCUCCACUCCUCUCGCAAACAAAAACCCACCACCCAGUUCGCCGGAACUCUACGCUACAGCUAGGGUUUUCACUUCCGCUUCGGGGUACAAGCUCAACAUCAGGCAGAACGGGACCCACUUGGUACGCCUCCAUUUCUCCCCGUUCCCUUCUCCAAAUUUCAACCUCUCCGCCGCCAAGUUCACACUCCUGCUCAACGGAAACUCCGUGCUGAGAGAUUUCAGCACCGAGGCGCUCGUAAUCAAGGAGUAUGUGUUUGGAAUCGACGGCGAGGAGCUGGAAAUCGUGCUCCGGCCCGCCGGCGGCGGGUCCAAUUUCGGGUUCGUUAACGCAAUCGAGGUUUUCUCCGCUCCCAAGGACCUCAUAAUCGACCGCGGUGCUCGAAUCGUGAGCCCUAACGCCAUCGGCGAAUUCGACGGCAUGUCGUCGAGGAUUCUGGAGACGAUUCAUCGAAUCAACGUCGGUGGGUCGAAAGUGACGCCGUUCAACGACACCCUCUGGCGGACUUGGGUCCCCGACGAGGGAUUCCUCGUCCUGAAACCGGCGGCGAAGAAGGUCGUGUCGACGCACCCGCCGAAUUACCAGCCCGGCGGAGCCACGAGGGAAACGGCGCCGGAUCACGUGUACAUGACCGCGCAAUCGAUGAACAGGGGAAACGCGAUUCUGGGCGCCAAGUUCAACAUCAGCUGGAAUUUCCCAGUGGGCUCGAGCGGCGUCCAGCACCUGGUCCGUCUCCAUUUCUGCGAUAUCGUCAGUACAGGUCUCAACUUGUUGUAUUUCAAUGUCUAUUUGAACGAUCUCGAAGCUUACAAAGAUAUGGACCUGUCGUCGCUCACUUUCCACGAGCUGGGCUCUCCAAUGUACGUGGAUUUCGUCGCUGACUCUGACGAUCUGGGGAAGAUGAGGGUCAGCGUUGGACCUUCUGAUCUCAGCACUUCGACACAUGUAAAUGCGAUCUUGAAUGGGGUUGAGAUUAUGAAGAUGGUGAAUCUGGCCGCUUCAGGAAGCGUGUCUAGCGAAAAGAAGAAGAGAAGAACUUGGAUUAUAGUGGGUUCGAUUUUGGGAGGAGGGUUUGGGUUACUCCUUUUGGCUGGAUUGAUGGUCCUUUUAGCUUGUAGAUGCAGGAAGAAGAAGCAAAUGAAGAACCCUAGAUCGAGACGAACCGAGAGCUCAGCUUGGACUACACUGCGUGGAGUCCAAGGUAGCUCGCGCAGCAGAAUGACUGAGCUCACAAUUACAGGCUCCCCAGCUGGAAAUGGCUACCACAACUUGAGAAUCCCUUUCGCGGAAGUCCAAUCCGCGACCAACAAUUUCGACAAGAACUUGAUCAUCGGAAUGGGAGGAUUCGGAAUGGUGUACAAAGGUGUACUCAAAGACGCAAACAUUAAGGUUGCAGUCAAAAGAGGUGUCCCCGGGCAUCGCCAGGGACUCCCCGAGUUCCAAACUGAAAUCACCGUCUUAUCCAGGAUUCGCCACAGGCAUCUUGUUUCUCUCGUGGGCUAUUGUGAAGAGCAAUCGGAGAUGAUUCUGGUGUACGAGUACAUGGAGAAUGGACCCUUGAAGAGCCAUUUGUACGGUCAGGGCCAAGCUACCUUGACGUGGAAGCAAAGGCUGGAGAUAUGUAUUGGUGCAGCGAGGGGGAUACAUUACCUUCACACAGGGUUCAUCCCGGGGAUCAUCCAUCGAGACAUCAAGUCGACGAACAUCUUGUUAGACGAGAACCACGAGGCUAAAGUCGCGGACUUUGGGCUCUCGAGGGCAGGGCCGUGCCUGGACGAGACCCACGUGAGCACCGGGGUGAAGGGCAGCUUCGGGUAUCUAGACCCCGAAUACUUCCGACGACAGCAGCUGACUGACAAGUCUGAUGUUUACUCUUUCGGCGUUGUGAUGUUGGAAGUUCUCUGCGCCAGGCCAGCCAUCGACCCUUUGCUUGCGAGGGAGCAAGUGAACCUGGCCGAGUGGGCGUUGCAGUGGAAGCAGAGCGGCAGGCUCGACCAGAUCAUCGACCCCAAACUUCGAGGGCAGAUCAAGCACCGGUCCCUCGAGAAAUUCGUGGAGACCGCGGAGAAGUGCUUGGCGGAGUAUGGAGUGGAUCGCCCCAGCAUGGGAGAUGUGCUGUGGAACCUGGAGUACGCGCUUCAGGUUCAGGAGUCUGGAUCUUUGCGUGAAGAUAGUAGCGCAAACGGCGACCCGGUAAUGGUGGUGGUGGGGAAUGGUGAUAGGAGUGAAGAGAAUUGCAGCUCUGAAGCAUCCACAGCUCUGGUUUUCUCCCAGCUCGUGACUAAUGAAGGCAGGUAG